AUGAAUACAUCUACGCAUAUAUUCUCAUUCUCCGAAUGCGCAAACGGCAAAGACUACGCAACUGAACCAGCGCGAUGACGUAGAAUAUCCCAGGAAAUAUCUCGCUGGGUUUCAAAUAGAAGUGCACAAAGUCAUUCAAGAUGGUGUUAGACACUCUCUCCACGUUUAUCAAAAAACAACUUCCAGUCUACCUCAAAAAGCUUCCUCUGCCGGAAAAGAUCGGAGAUUUUGCGCUUCUUACAGUUUCAGAUUGGUUGCGGCUCUUGCCAUUGUUAGGCAUUUUGGCACUGCUGGGUUAUCUGACCAUCCGGCCCUUCCUGCCCAAGAAGAAAAAGCAAAGGGACAGUCUGAUCAACCUGAAAAUCCAAAAGGAAAACCCUAAAGUGGUAAAUGAGAUCGAUAUAGAGGACCUGAGGAGUGCAAAUGUUUGUUACUGCAGAUGCUGGCGAUCUAAAACGUUUCCUGUGUGUGAUAAAUCGCAUGUAAAGCAUAAUGAGCUGACGGGGGACAACGUCGGUCCACUUAUUCUCAAGAAGAGGAUUCUGUAGCCCACCUGUUGCGCCCAGAGAGGGAGAGGAGUAGGCGGUGUGCAGAAGACCACUCAAAAUGCUGUCGUUUCUAUUCUCCUCCUUUUAAACCUGCUUUGGUUUUGUUUAAUGUACUUAAAACUAUUUACAUCUUUUUAGUGUUGAAAUGCAUAGGUCUUUAAAUUGUGAUGGCAUUGAUCUAGAUGUUGUGGUUCACCUGAGAGAUUAAUUAUAAUGAUUACUUUUGUUA